AUGCAAGGCUCAACUCGGCGAUGUAAAACCUGGCACUUGUUGUUUGUAGUUGUGUUCCUGCACCAUUUCGUUCAAUUCGGGUCAACCGUACGGGUACGGGGCGUUUGGGAUCCAAAGGAGGCUAAUGUCAAGAUAAUCAAAAAAUUCGGUUUCCAACAAAUCGACCAAAAUUUUCCAAAGGCAUCACGAGGAUUUGUGUAUGGGAAUAUUACCGGGAAGCAGACGAAGGAAGAUGAUGUCCUUACCUUCAUCGUCGUCCCGGCUGCAAAAAUCGGGGCCCUGCACUCGGAUUCGGAAUAUGGAAAUUCUUGCGGGGUUAUGAUGGAGAAAAUAGCAGCAAACGGUUACGACGCGAAAUGCAACACAAAAGGCCAGGCCGACAUUUUUCGAUGGGUCCCUUGCCCGGCCGGAAAACUAUGUGAAGAAGAGGAACCGGUGACAAAUUCAUCCACGUUACUACCCGACUCGCAGCUAACCUUGCAAAUUAUCGAGCCAGAAACGCCCGAAUAUUGGUACCUCGUGCUCAUAUCUUGUCAUUUGGAUGAGAAUUGCACUUGGGUGGCUUCAAAAACGGAGUCGAAGCUCAGCUACGAUUUGUGGUUGACGAAUGGGAAUCCGACUUUUCAAGAUCGGGACCCGUUCCGGUUGCAAUUCAGCUUUGACGAGCAGGACGCUACUCAAAUGUACCUACUCACGCUUGUCGCAUACACCAUCUUAUGCGGUUUAAUCUAUAGAGGCAAAGCAAUUCAAAAGAAGCAUUAUUCCCCCAGCCGCCUCAACCUCCUCGCCUAUAUCGCUUACCUAAAAACGGCCGGAGUUGCCCUUCAAUCUCUCAAUAUGCUUGUAUUCGCCUCCGACGGAGAAGGCGUGUUUCUUGCUAGGCUGAUUGGAGAGGUUCUGAGAAUGGUGGGCAUCGAUCUGUUAUGUUUGCUGCUCCUGCUCCUCGCGAGAGGCUGGGCCUUCAACAACGGGGAGACAAUCACCAAGUGCUUCUUCUUUAGCUGGAUGCUCUUGAGCGCCAUUAAAUUCGUGUUGUUUUGCUGUAAUUUUAUCUUUGUCUACGACAUCGUUCAUGACGUCGACAUUUUCAUCAGUUGGCCCGGCUACGGUAUGCUGGCCAUACGUAUCAUUUUUGCGCUGUGGUUCCUGCUAGAAGUGCGAUGGCUUAUUAAGCGUGAACGCUGCCACGAGAAAGCCGUUUUCCUCGCGCAUUUCGGGGCCGGCUUCCUGGUGUGGUUCGUCUACCUACCCGGCGUCGGUGUCGUCGCGCAUUUCAUAUCAGUGCUAUGGAGAUUUAAGAUCAUAUUAGGUAUCAGAACGCUAGCCAACUUUGCCGCCAUCGCCAGCCUUGUCCACCUGUUCUGGCCGUACAGCCAGUACAAGAAGUAUUUUGGGGUCGAUUUCGGCCAUAUCCGGACCGGGCGUACCGACUCGAACGAGCUGGAAGACUUUGAAAAGCUGCUGUUUGAUGCCAGUGACUCGGAGGGCGAGGGUGAUACCUCACCUCGAGGUCGUGUUUUUAAUGAGAUU